AUGGCAGACUACUACAUUCAUUCAGAUCUUGGUACUUCGUUCCAUUCUCGAGAACUUAAGGACUAUUUAACGAAACGGGGAAUUGCAACAAGUAAAACAAGGCCGUACCAUCCAAUUGGCAAUGGUCAAGUCGAGAAAUACAAUGGUAUCAUUUGGAAGGCUGUUCAUCUUGCUCUAAGGUCAGCUAAUCUCCCAGAUUCAAGAUGGGAAUUUGUGCUAGCUGAUGCCCUUCACUCAAUUAGGUCGCUUCUCUGUACGUCAACAAAUGCAACUCCCUAUGAAAGGUUUUUCAACUUUCAUUGUCGUUCAUCGCAUGGUGUUUCACUCCCUUCGUGGAUGCAACGAGGACCUGUAAUGCUACGUCGGUUUGUUCGAACGAGUAAGAACAACCCACUUGUGGAUGAAGCGGAGUUAAUGGAUGUUAACCCUACCUACGCAC